CAGCAACACAACAUUCACUGCAACACUUCACUCAACUCAAGACCUCAGCGCCGAGCCUCAAGAUGGUGUCCAAGAUUGUUGUGGCCACACUCGCCCUCACCUGUGUCUUGGCCUCUACCAUGGCCACUCCUCUACCUGACCCCGGCUAUGGCCAUGGUGGACACGGAGGCGGUUACGGCCAUGGUGGACACGGAAGCGGCUAUGGCCAUGGUGGCCACGGAGGCGGUCAUGGCCAUGAUGGAUACGGAGGCGGUCAUGGCCAUGGCGGACACGGGGGCGGUUAUGGCCAUGGUGGACACGGGGGCGGUUAUGGUCAUGGUGGACAUGGAGGCAGUUAUGGCCAUGGUGGACACGGGGGCGGUUAUGGCCAUGGUGGACACGGGGGCGGUUAUGGCCAUGGUGGCCACGGGGGCUACGGAUGGUGAGGGAAGGAGUCGAAAAAAUAUAUUCUGUAAUAAUGGGUAAAGUUAAUAUAUUUUAAAGCUUUUA